UUGACCUGUGUUGACAGUGAAUGAAAUCGUUAAAGGAAAUUGUCUCACUUAUGGGCACCACAUACCGGUCCACCGUGGAACUCCCCAGCUCAGUCGUAAACGCCAUAUCAUCUGGGCUCCAGCCCUGAGAGACUACGCUGCCAAGUCCUGACCAGCAUCCCGCCAGCCUGGGGGCCAGCCUGCAGGUCUCAGGCUCGCGCUGGGACACACCCCGGGGGCGGAGCCACCUCUCCUGGCCAGUGCAGGCAGAAGGCCAGCACCGGUUUCCUCUAGUCUGCAGCUGCUAGCUCACCCUCCUCGCACCGACAUGGCCCAGGAACGCCCCUCCUGUGCCGUGGAGCCCGAGCACGUCCAGCGGCUGCUGCUGUCCUCUCGUGAAGCCAAGAAGUCAGCCUACUGCCCCUACAGCCGCUUCCCUGUUGGGGCUGCCCUGCUCACCGGGGACGGGAGGAUCUUCUCUGGGUGCAACGUAGAAAAUGCCUGCUACCCACUCGGUGUGUGUGCCGAGCGGACCGCCAUCCAGAAGGCCAUCUCUGAAGGCUACAAGGACUUCAGGGCUAUUGCUAUUGCCAGUGACUUGCAAGAAGAGUUCAUCUCUCCCUGCGGAGCCUGCCGACAAGUCAUGAGAGAGUUUGGCACCAACUGGGCCGUGUACAUGACCAAGCCCGAUGGCACAUUCGUAGUCAGGACGGUCCAGGAGCUGCUGCCGGCCUCGUUUGGGCCUGAAGACCUGCAGAAGAUUCACUGAAGGCUGGAGAAGAGGAUGUCCGCUGAAUGUGCGAGUCCAGGUGCCCUACCUAAGGAACAGCUCUUGGAAGACUUCAUAAUGAAGACACCGUGACGAUGCUGUCUCUGGCUGGGCCCUGGGGACACUUACCACAUGGGUCCCAAAUGGCUAGGCAAGGGAGACCUUGUUUCACACUCCACAGCCUCCCCUAGAGUGAUGGUGGAAGGUGCCACUUACCUGGGCCAAAGCCCUCACCCUCCUGGGGUCUCAGAACACUCCAUUCCUUCUUCUCCCGAAGGCCCUGGCAUUCCAGGCUUGCUCUGCCUUCCACGGCUCCGUCGUGUGACUUUUCAGAUUAUAAACACCACAGCCUGUCCUGAUGACGAA